UUACAUUAACAAAUGCUGACAGAUGGAAAAUAAUCAAGUUUACUUAAAUCUAGAAAGGAGAAUAGGUUUAAAAGUGACCGGAAGUGGCAAGGAGAAAUGACAUGAGUGUUUAACUUUGAAGAAAGUGAUUAGUGAAGUUGCUGAAAUUUGGUUUCAUAAAGUCAUAUUUCCAAAAUCUAAAUACAACGACUCAGCAAUUCUGCCUGUAACCAACCUAUUUGUGGCAGUGUGGGCGCUCAGAUUUGUCCAGAUUAACAGGACCUGGCCUCACAAUGCAGCUUUGUUGCUGAAAACAGAUUAACACAUCAAGUGACCGGAGGUGUAGAAGUCCCUUGUUGCUCUCUUUUUCUUUCCUGUUUUCCUUUCUCCAACAUUCUCCCCGGACACUGCCGACACACACUCACACAGCCGCAGCGAGUACGAUGGCCGGACGUUUUCAUAAUCAGUGGUAAGUAAACACGGCUUCACAGUCUUGUGUUUGAGUCUGUACAUUUGACCUUUGGUGACCCUCAAAUACUGUAUCUGCCUGUUAUAGCUCUGCAAACAUCAGUGUGUAGAAAUAGAAAAUCAGUGUAGUUUGGGUUUCUGAAAACUCUGUGGGGUAUAAAUCCAAAAAUAUUGAUUACAGAGAUAACUGACCCUCCUGUUUUAGCUACGUGACCACACUGGCCUUAUGAGAUCCAGGCUGAUCGCUGACGUUGAGCUGAGACGAAGCACAGAAAACAACACCACACUGGUUUCCUUCAUGUCAGGCCACAGUCAUCCAGCAAGUUGGCCAGCAAGCAGCAGCAGCAGCAGCAAUGACAGUAACAUACUCCCGCAGGGUUGCUGAUGCAGGUCUGGGAACCUUCUUUCACCUGCUCCUGCGAUGGAAAGGCAGCAUUUAUAAACUGCUCUACAGAGAGCUCAUCAUCUUCACUCUGCUCUACUACUUCUUCAGUAUUGUUUAUAGGUUUGUGUUAAAUGUUGACCAGAGGAGGCUGUUUGAGAAGCUGUCAAUAUACUGUGACCGCUACGCAGAGCUCAUCCCUGUGUCGUUCGUGCUGGGUUUCUAUGUAACCCUGGUCGUGUCCCGUUGGUGGGGACAGUUCGAGAACGUCCCCUGGCCGGAUCGUCUGGCAGCAUUAGUAGGCGGUCAUGUUCGUGGAGCCGAUGAGGUCUCCAGGCUGACCCGCCGAACUCUGAUGCGAUACGCCAACCUGUCUGGUGUGCUCAUCUAUCGCUCUGUCAGCACAGCCGUCUACAAGAGGUUUCCCACCACGGAGCACCUGGUGCAGGCAGGUUUGAUGACCUCAGAGGAGCUGAGGCACCUGGAGGACUUGCCCUCUCCUCACAACAAGUUCUGGGUUCCCUGCAUGUGGUUUGUCAGCCUGGCUCUGAGAGCUCGGACCGAGGGCCGCAUCAACAACGACGUGGCGCUCACAGCCAUUCUCACUGUAGGUGUUCAUCUGAGUGCCGUCCGAAAGAGCCUGAACAUCUUCACUUUGAGAAAAUCUUGCUCGGAAGCAUUUUUUAAAUUGGUUCUGCAUGUCUUACUUUUCUCCUCUGUUCAGGAGUUGAAUAGUUUACGGGCAAAGUGUAUGAAGCUGUACGGUUAUGACUGGAUCAGCCUGCCUCUUGUCUACACUCAGGUGGCGACAGUUGCUGUCUACAGCUUUUUCCUGGCUUGUCUGAUCGGUCGUCAGUUCUUGGAUCCGACUCAGGGCUACCCCGGUCAUGAUGUGGACUUCUACCUGCCUGUGUUCACCCUGUUGCAGUUUUUCUUCUAUGUUGGUUGGCUCAAGGUGGCUGAACAGCUCAUUAAUCCUUUUGGAGAAGACGAUGACGACUUUGAAACCAACUGGCUUGUUGAUCGCAAUUUACAGGUGUCCUUGCUGUCUGUGGAUGAGAUGUAUGACAGUCUGCCACUGGUGGAGAGGGAUAUGUACUGGAAUGAGUCUGAACCUCAGCCUCCCUACACUGCUGCCAGCGCUGAACACCGCAAACCCUCCUUCAUGGGCUCAGCCCUGGAUAUCAGUGUUCCUAAGGAGGAGAUGGAGUUUCAGUCCAAUCUGGAGCAGAUCAAAGAACAUGAAGAGGCCAACUACUCCACCCCGCUGCUUGGAGGUCUGGGUCGUCUUCUUGGUGUCCAAUCCCCAAACUUUCCUCGCUCGUCCCGGGUCUCUCUGCUGCGCCGCCGCCCUGGAGCUCCACUAAGCCGCUUCCCUCUUUACCUGCACCCAGAGGCUCCAUCAACCCCGGGUCAAGUCCGCCAGCCUCUGAACCCAGAGCGAGAUCCGGACUAUGCCUUCUCCACUACGCCCCUGUACGAGAGGCCAGGAUUCUACAGCUGUCCACAGACGCCCAUCCACUGCGUGCCCCCUACAGUGCCCCGACCCCGACCUGCCCGGAGAGCCCAAAACGAGUGGGACCGCAGCUGCAGCUCCCUUGCCCAUCCAAUGGUGGGCUCACAGUUGCUGGCUCCUGACACCCCCAACCACGUCCCCCCGCCACCGUCCUCUGCUUUCCCCUGGCUGAGCGAGGAUGGUGAGAUGCAGAGCACCCCCACCUUCUCCUUCCCUGACCCUCCGCCCGAACUCUGCCCAAUAUCUAAACUCAGACCAGGACACGGCCUGCUAUCCCGCCGGCCUCUCCCUCCUCGCCUUACUCUGGACAACCUCCCCUCAGCUGACAGCCAACCCGGGCCUCCGAGCGCUCGAGCUAUGGGAAGCGGAGGAGAAAGGGUGUUCUCGUUCACUCCUCCCUCCCGAACAGCAAAUCCCAGUAAUCCCAGCAGCAGCUCUAGCAGCAUUAAUGCAACAAGCACCAACAGCGCUGGCACAGCGGGCAGUCUCUGCAACAGUACAAGUCACAGUAAUUUUGGUAACCAUGGGAACUUUAGCGCCAACAACAUGAGGGCAAGCAACGGGGGCACCAACGGUGGGCUGAGCAAUAACAUGAACACGGUUUCCACCUCAGCGUCAUCGCAACAAGAAACCAAUCAGCAAAACUCACCCAAUGAUUCAGGGAUCUCACUGGCUGAAGGCGACCUGCUGGGCGUUUUGGUGGACGGUGGGGCGAACAAGCAGCAGGAGGGAGGGAACAGGACUGAGGAAAAAAAGCGUGACACUGUUUUUGUACCACAUGUGAUAUUUGAAAUAUUUCAUACACACAUAGGCACUGACCUAUGUUACAUCUGAAAUGCAGUCAUCUGGAGCUCAGUUGAAAAGUAUUAGCUGCAAACAGUUAAUCUCUACUUCCUGACAAACUCUUACAGAACAAUUAACCUACUUGUAAUGCAAAAAGCACCUUAUGAGAUUUAACCGUCAACAUGUGAAGGAAAAAUAAGAAAUACUUAACAGUUUCCUCUGAGACUCAGCAACAAGAAGCCAAAAUGUGUAUAUUCUUAAACUACAGUAGUCUUAACACUGUUUCCAUUAGUUAUGCUAUUAGUUAUGUUCUUUUGUCAUUUUAACAAUAUUUUUUUCAAUAAAAAAUGAAAACCUGAAAUUAUUUGUGUACUUCAUUUUCUUAUAAUUCAGAGAUACUGUAUGUACAAUUAAAUUCACAAUAAAAAUAUUCAUUAAUUACAUAAAGCUGCCGUAAUUUGUAAUCUUGGUUAAUUAUUAACACUUUAAUGGUUUCUCAGAACGUAUCAGUAAUAAAAAGGUUUUCAUUAAACAUUAAAUUAUGAAUGAAACUGACAAAAAAAUUAAAAAUAUCAUAACUACAAGGGCCAAUGAAUUUCAUUUAAUUAUAUUGUUUUUAAAUUGUGAAUGACUCUAUUUACUACUGUGUCUGCCUAAUUAUGUUGGGGUUUUUUUGCAUUGCUCUUAAGUUUCAUUUUAUCCACAUUUUAAUUCACAUAUGAUUCUUUUUAAGGCGUGCACCCAGUGUAAUAGACUUAAAGAAGUAACAGUGGUAAUGACAGUGUUCACAGGAAUUACAUGGUGUACGACAAACGACAGGAGUGUCCAGGCGUGGUCUAUGGAGGUGGUUCCCAGUGUUUGUGAAAGAGGCAUGGCCUUUGUGUGGAAACCAAAGAGCAACUGUCCUCUCUAGCCAAAGAAAAGUAUAAGUAUCCAGUAUUUCAUGAGAAAAAAAAAACACAGAAAGAAGUCCGAAAUAGUGUGUAAAUCUCUACAGGUUUGGUCAGUGACAGCUUCUGAACAUCACUGAUCUGAUCAGGUCUUUUAAGAGCAGAAUCAUUAUGUGGUGAGAUGGAAUAUCAUAUGAUACAUUGAGUAAUAAAUGGAGUAACAAAAAAUAUGCUUUGAAAUUAUUUUCUAAAUCCAUUUUAACAGUUUUAUUCAGUCAUUCAUAUAUAUAUGUAUGUGUGUGUGUGUGUGUGUGUGUGUGUAUACAUA